AUGGAUUCAAGAAGUGGGUGUUCUACGAUUGAUUUAUCUACAUUGAAAUAUGCCAGCACGGUCAACAUUAUUAUUCUAUCAGUUGUUUUUCUCGUAGCGCUUACCUUUUUCAUCGUGAUACUUAUUUUUGUCAAGAGAUAUGCAACAAGAGAGGAAGUUGUAAUCAUCGUGCCAAUCGUAAAACUGAUACCAACAACAGGACAUGUUUCAACCACUCUUAAAUGA